CAACUAAAGAUACAAUAAUCUCAUUGCCUCUUUUCCUUUCUUUUAUAAUAGAGAAUUGUUGGCUGUAAGUCAGCUUUAAUUUGCUUCAUAUUCCAACCCAAGAGUUGGCUGUCUUCUACUUUCCUCAUCAUUCACCCUUGUUUACGUUCUUUCUUAUUCGCGAAAAUGGGGUUAAAGCCUUCAGAAAAGCUAACAAAGAAGCACAAGAAAGGUUUAUGGUCACCUGAAGAAGAUCAAAGGCUUAAAGACUACAUUCUUCAGCAUGGCAUUGGUUGCUGGAGUUCUGUGCCCCUCAAUGCUGGGCUGCAAAGGAAUGGAAAGAGCUGCAGAUUAAGAUGGAUUAAUUACUUGAGACCAGGACUAAAACGAGGCAUGUUUAGCACUCAAGAAGAAGGAAUGAUUCUGACCCUUCACCAAACCUUAGGGAACAAAUGGUCUCAAAUAGCAAAGCAUUUGCCUGGAAGAACUGACAAUGAGAUAAAGAAUUACUGGCACUCUUACUUGAAGAAAAGAGCAGGGGACUCUGCUGAUACUGAAGCUAAUAUUGCGAAACAUAAAUUCGCAAUCUCUAACACAGAAGAAAAUGGUUCUUGUAUGAAUCAAUCAAGCAAAGCUUCAAGGAGUGUACUUGAACUUCUUGAUAGUGGAGAACAAGUACAAGGACACGAAAACAUCUUACCUAGACUAGUUUUUGCUGACUGGCUUCCGAAUGACUACACUGUAGGACAAAAUGGGCUAAGUUAUCAGCAACCAACUUCUGUUAAGAAUGGUUUUGGUUUCACAGCAGCGAAACAGCAGGGUGAUUUUAUCCAUGGUUUCGGGUUUAAUGAAGUUGCUUCAACGUCGAGCAGUGACAUGUACAGCCAGGAUGUAGGAGAUGUUAUGCAGAAGGGGAUGCUGGAUUUUCCAUUGAAGUUUCAAGAACAAAGUGCAUUAGGAAGUAAUUUCAUGGAUUAUUCUGCUGGAGAUGGCUCUUUUAGUGGAUUUUACAUGUCUAAUAGUGGGAUUUUCUCUUAGUUCACUAAUGAAGAGAUGAGCAAAAUGAGUAUCAUUUUUCUGUACAAAAGGAAUACUGUCUAGGAAUUUUACCUGUUUCUCUGUUAUGUACAGGAAUAUUAAGAUGUCUAGUUUAUUACUAUAUAUAUUAAGUAUCUUUGAAAGUCAAAAAGUCUGAAUUAUGUAACUUAAUUAAUUUUCGUUAAUUAGAUUACAGGCCUUUUAAGAGUUCUAUGAAACUAAUGUUCAACACAACCUUAAUUUCUUGUUCGCCCUCUAAAAAACUUAAUAAAUCUGCAAGAAA